GUUCAUUAAAUUACAGAUUCUUUUUAUUGUGCAGCAACAACAUGGGCGACAACAAUAAUCUUCGAAGUGCCGUUAUAAACGAGUCACCCAUACUGAGCACACCGUACGGCAAUGUGAGGUCACUUCCAGUCCCUCCCCCAGUGCCACAGUCCCCCUUCCAACAGCAGAGUUCCUACGGUUAUGGGGGAGGUUACGGAAAUCCUGGUGGAUAUGGAAUGGGAUUUGGCAGCUAUAAUACGGGUGGAUUGGGCGGCUUUGGAGCUGGCUAUGGCGGUGGCUAUGGAGGAUAUGGUAGCAUGGCAGGAUUAGGUGGCUUUGGCGGUGGCUACGGCGGCUACAACCGAUUUGGUGGAAUGAACGCCAGUGAUCCAGAGCAACGAUUCAUCCAAAUGGCCGAGGCCAGUUCGCGUCCAGCUUUUCAAAGCAUCGAAUCGUUGGUGUCUGCCAUUGCAAACAUUGCAUCCAUGCUGGACUCCACAUUCUUUGCGUUAACAAGUUCCUUUCGUGCCAUUCUCGGCGUGGCCGCCAACUUUGGCCGACUACGCACCGUUUUCUCACAAUUCUGGGCAUCUUUUGCCAUCUUCCGUGGCUUAAAUUGGAUUUACAGAAAAAUUCUUUAUUGGCUGCGCUUGUCCAACAUGGACCCUUCGUCAGCUGCAUUUAAGAAGGCCUUUGCCGAAGCUCUCAAUGAUAAGAGUGGACAACAAGGCAAUGGGCCACAUGUGCCACGCAAAGGCACAUCCCCUUGGCCAGUGCUGGCUUUCAUUAGCUUCAUCUUUACGGCUCCUUAUCUGAUCAUGAAGUUGCUGGGCACAGUUACGAAUACGGCGCAGGAAGAAGCUCGCAACCCCGCAAAGUGGACCGCACCGAUUCAGACACAAGCUGUUUACGAUUUUCAAGCUCGCAAUGAAGGCGAGUUGUCGUUGCGUGCCGGCCAAACAAUUCAAGUGGCUCCCCGCGAGAUUCAACAGACUCUGCAGCUGCUCAACUCGGGCUGGGCAUUGGCCUCCACAAACGGACAGACCUCAGGCAUAGUACCAAUCAACUAUGUGAAAUCCCCACAGCAACUGCGGCAGGAACGACAGGAGAUCAACACAAAGCCAAUGCAACCACAACCUGAACUGAUGAAUCUUUCUGCAAAUGCAUUCCCUAAUCCGCCCUUUGAACAGCAAAUGAACUAUGACUUUAGUUUAGCUGCCCAGCAACAGCAGCCGUUGGGUCCGCCAUCGACGGCAGCAACGAUCCUCGACGAAGGUUUUGCCUAAAGCCCUUUCACAAAGUAAUCUUAAGCCAAAGGAAAUCGUAUAUACCUUAAUAUAAGUCAAACAGUCCGUAUUGAUUGAAACGUAGUGACUUUUGUACUGUUAAUUACCCUCAUCUUUAUUUAAUAUAUAAGUUUCUGAUAUUUCCGAGUUGCUAUCGAAAUGGGGCAUACAUUCCGGGUGCACGCAAACCUUUCCCCCCAUUACCGAAUUUAAUGAAAAAUACAGUUUACUGUGUGCAAAUUGCAAAGCCAUAAUGUCGCGAAUUUGUCCUCAAUGCUAAUAAAUUAUUUCAAAACCGAAA